UACAGAAUGCGAAAAAAAACAAUUUCUGCUCCAUAUUAAUACCAUAAUUUUUAAUAUAUUUUAAUUUCAUGUUAUUUUGUUCCUAGGAACAUGGAUAAUGGAAAUUUACCAAGUGAACCGAAGCGAUGCCGUAACUCAAGCUACGGCCUUACUGUACAAGACCAAGAGAAAGCUCUCGAAACGAAUGACUUCGUGGAUUCUUUGUCGGAUCUACAGAGUGAUGUCAAUAUGACAGCACUUGCAUUACCCAACGAAAUUUGGAUCAUAAUUUUUAAUAAUUUAUCAUAUGAAGACGUGAUGCAAGCAAGUUUAGUCUGCAAAGAAUGGUGCCAAUUGAUUCGCGCAACUGUACUAAGAGACAAAACGAGACUAGUCAUUACCCAAGGAAACUUGAGGAAUAUUUGCGAGCUUGUUGGAAAUCAAAGCUUGAAUUACGAAAGUGUGGAGGUAGAUGAAAAGUGGAACGUAUUCAAUAAUGCGGAGCUUGAAUUUUUACGGAAAAUUUUCAAAUAUUCUGGUUCCAUUAUUACUAAACUAAAACUUUAUCGAACUUCAACCACCGCAGCACUGCUCAACUUUUUGCCGAAGCUAAAAGAAUUGGAUUUGUCAGAUGCAAACGAAGUGGAAAUCGAACGAAUGGACAUUAGCGAAUUUCCAAAUCUCAAAUCGGCGCAUGUGCUUAAAUAUGAUAAAAACUAUAGUAGGAUCUAUCCUAUACUGUUCACGGAUUUACCCCGCAUAUCUACAACAAGCGACGAAAUAGUGACCAUGUGCAUUGAUAUAUACUCCGUCGGCCUCUUCAAUAUGCUAGAAAGGCAUUCAUCGUCAUUGCGCUGCCUCAACAUCAGACUUUGUUCCUCAGGGUCUUUGACCUUACGAGAUCGUCUCCCCCUUCAAGAAACCUUUAGAAAAUUAACUCAUUUAGAGGAAUUGAAUAUAGCGGAUAGUACUAUAGUGGAUAGAUCUGAUAACGAAUUCGCAAAAAUUGUUUUGGAAAGUCUUCCAAAGGAAAGUCGUAUUAAAACUAUACUUUUAGGCCACUCGCUGGAAGACGAGCAAUUUUUGGAAUUGAUUAUAGAAAAGUGGUUCAUCUCUUUAGCACGUGUUUACCUGUUCAAUUGGAUUAUAUCGGAAAACACUAUCAAUCGAUUUAAAUUUUUGAGCGGCAAAUAUCGUUUGACUUUCUCUAUUCAAGUUGGAGACUGGCUAGAUUUUACUCAUUGGUGGACCCCAUACACCAACAAAAACUCAAUUGAUUUGAAAUUAUUCUUCUUGUAUCUGACGCCCAAAAGGCUUUGGGAUCUUUUUAAAAGGCUUCCUAAUGUAACUGCACUUGAGGUAAAACGUCUUAUUUUCUCGACAAACGAUGAAGUAAUGGGUUACGUUUUCCAUCACCUUACGAAUUUGCGACAUCUUUCGCUUCACCACUCGUGGAAGCAUAGGACUAACAUAAAAUAUCUUUGCUCAAAGCCCAGGAUUAGCAACUUAAAACGUCUUCAAACACUCCGUUCAUGUUUGUGUCCUAUUAAGGUUUUAAAAAUUUUCAAAUCAAAUUUCCAAUUCAAAGAAUUAACCAAAUUUGAGCUACUUCUUUGUGAGAGAUUUAAGAGAAUUUCUCUUCGGGAACUUGAAAUUAUUAGCACAUACGUUCCAGCGCUGGAAGAAUUCUGUUCGGAUGGUCUAGAUUAUAAUAGCAAUUACUUACAAGAAAUGCGUAGGAUUUUUCCCCGUUUACGUAGACUGAAUGAUCGAAGACUUUUCUAA